GGCCCUGGCCCCCGUCCCUGCCCCCCCAACUCUCACACACACACACACUCUGUGGCCCCGGGGAGCCUGCGCCCAGCCCGGGGCUCCCUUGUCUUCCAGCCCAGGAUGCUGCUGGCCCUGCUGCUGCGGGUGCGCGGGGCCGCGCGCGCCUGCCCUGCUCUGCGAGGAGGGCGCCCCCCGCGCCCUGCAUCGCACACCUGCCCUUGGCCCAGCCCGAGGCUCCCGGCACAGGAGCCCCUCACCAGCCCCGCGCGAGCCCUGUCUGGGCGGGCAGGAGCCGGGGGCAAGGCCCCGCUGCGGCUGCAGACGCGGCUGCUGGUGGCGGUGCUGCUGGGGGCCGGCGGGCUGGGCACGUGGCUGUACCUGCGCUGGGAGAAGGAGCUGCAGCAGUUGGAGCAGCGGGUGGAGCAGCUGCGGCGCGUGGCCGUGGGCCAGGGAGACUUCCAGCUGGUGGACCACACGGGGCGGCCGCGGCGCAAGGCCGACUUCGCCGGGCAGUGGGUGCUGCUCUACUUCGGCUUCACCCACUGCCCUGACAUCUGCCCCGAAGAGCUGGAGAAGCUGGUCGGGGUCGUGCGCCUGCUGGACAACGACCCCCACCUGCCGCCCGUGCAGCCCAUCUUCGUCACCGUGGACCCCGAGCGCGACGACGUGGCCGCCAUGGCCCGGUACGUGCGGGACUUUGGCCCGCGCCUGCUGGGGCUGACGGGCAGCCCUGAGGACGUGCGGGAGGUGGCAAAGGCCUACCGCGUCUACGCCAGCGCUGGGGCUCCCGACGUGGAUGGCGACUACAUCGUGGACCACACGGUGCUCAUCUACCUGCUGGCGCCCGACGGGCUCUUCCUGGACUACUACACCCGCGGCAAGAGCGAGGCCCAGAUCGCCCAGAGCGUGCAGCGGCACAUGGUGACCUACCGCCCCUUCAACCAAUAAACCCCCUGGCCCCGG